AAUUUUCCCAAAUAUAUAUUUUGGAACAAAAAAACUCAUUUCAGAUUUCGACUUCCACCGAAAACUUCUCCGAAACCACCAAUUUCAGCCAAAAACCACUCGAAACUUUGCAAAUCUUCAAAGAGCCGAGUUUCUCCUUGAGAUUAACGCACGGGGUAUGUACACUUUUGAGCCUUCAGAUGUUUGUCUUCUCCGAGAUUUUGUAUACCCAUUGGUUCGUCACGAACCAAAUUUAUUUCCUCAUCCAUUUGUUCACAAAUUACAUAAUAAAAGUGACUUUCCCAUCUAUAUCGAUCUUAUCGAAGGUAUUUUCCAAGCUUCAGACCAGAAGAAACACUACUUUGUGAUGCUAGAAGGGCCUCCAGUUGGUAUAGAGAAUAUGAGAUCAUACCUAGGAGAAAAAACGUAUUGGAGGAAAAGUGACGAAUGGGAUAUUUCUGAAUCGGGAUAUGCAUAUGGGGGGGCUACUAUGUACACAUACAUAAAUAAUGAAAGUCCCAGCGGUUGGUAUAUGACUAUAUAUCACGUAGAUCCACAGGAAGUGCUGAAAUGUGGUCCGGUUGAAUUGGGAUUGCAUCAAGUUGAGUUGCAGUGGAAAGCUGUCAAGAUUUCUGCAAUAUGGGUACACUUCCACCCUUUCAUUCGGGCGCCCCUAUCAAUAUUGCCACCACCAUUAUCAGCAUCAUCAGGUAUGUACGCAUUUGCUCCUUCAGAUAUUUGUCUUCUUCGAGAUUUUUUAUACCCCUUGGUUCGUCAUGAACGAAAUUUGUUUCCUCAUCCAUUUGUUCACCAAUUACACAGUCAAAGCGAAUUGCCGCUUGAUAUAGAUGAGGUCAGAAGGAGAUUCCAAAUUUUGGACCGUCGUUUCUGUGACAAGUAUUACUUUGUGAUGCCAGAAGAGCCUCCAACGGGUGAAAAGAAUGCCAUAGAGAUUGGAGGAACUAAAAUGUUUUGGAAAAAAAUUCAGGAAACGUGGACUAUCUUUAAACGUGGAUAUGAAUAUGGGGAUUUUACUAUGUAUAGAUACAUACUUGGAGAAAGGGAGACCGAUUGGUAUAUGGCUGUAUAUCACGCAAAUCUUUUGAGAGUACGAACAUGUGGCCCAGUUGAAUUGGGAUUGAAUCAAGUUGAGUCUUUUUGGGUAGCUAUCAAGAUUUUUUCAAAUGAUGCAUCUAUGUCGGUUUUCAAUCCUGUGUCACUCCCUGGACCAGCACCACCAGGUAUUGAGUCACCACCACCACCACUACCACCGUUGUCACCAACAGCAUCAACAGGCAAUAAGCGCAACUAUCACCACCCACCAGCACCAUCAGGUAAUAGACGCAAUAAGCGCAACUGCUAUUGUCCACGAGCAUAAUCAAGCAACAAGGCACCACUAUUUUCAGUUCAUUAUUGUUAAUUUUGUAUACAAGAAAGGCUUUGUGCAUAGAGAUGCUUUUAAGUGCGAACUUUUAUUGGGAGUGAUUCUCGUGUAGUAGUUUUUGUUAGAUUAUAAAAACAAAGAUGUUCAAUUUGCACCUAGUUUCUGUUUAGUUGCUAGACGUUGGGAUUUUUUUUGUUUUUGUUUUCGGUUAAUUAUUGUUAAUUUUGUAGGCAAGGCUUUCUAUGCCUAGAGAUGUUUAUAAGUUUGAAUAGUUUUGUCCAUUUAGAACCAUAAUCUUAAUUUGCAAUC